AAACGAUUUUUUACACGCGUUUAUCGACCGAUAUCUCGUCCGUCGUGGUGGUUGCACUGUAUGAGUCAAUGACAUGACAUCGCCGGGAAACGUUCCCGAACAUGGUGUAAAAUAGAUACAUAUUAUCUCCCGGGGGAAAACGGUCUGCCGUCCGUGGCCGCGUACAGUAGAAAAGUACUAACCGUCCCGAAGUGUCGGACGUCGGGCUGACGACAAGUCGGUGCCGUUGCCGACCUUCCGUUGGUCGCCCCUUACUUGCAUUCUGCAGACCGCGGUUCGCACCGCUGCACCAGUCGGCAGUCACCGUUGCGACUCGAUGGUGACGGUCGUCACUCGUCGGUAGAGUUGUUUCGCCUAGUGCCGUCGUCCCUAUACGCUAUGAUUUUUUUUUUUAGAAUCUUAAAUUUUCCACACACCGCUUAUAGUUUAGGUAGGUUAACGCCGAUCCCAAGUCCUAUUCGUGUUCAUUACAAUGUUAGUAAUGUACGGUGCUAUCGUUCUCAGUAAUAGUUGUAGUAAGGUGCAUUUUCUCACUGAAAUUGCCAUUCUAUGACUUUACAUCAAUAAUCUGUAAUAUAUUUAUAAAAAAUUAGGUAGUAAUCAGUUGGUACCUAUAAGCUUUAACUAAUAACCAUUUAAACAUAAUAUAUACCAAUGGCUUUUCAAGAACUCAAUAGCACAGGUUAUUGGGGUAAACCUACAGCUACCAUUGAUUGGUGUGAGAAAAACUAUGAAGUAAAUCACUAUGUUGCUGAAAUGUGGAAUACUAUCAGUAAUUUGAUGAUGAUAAUACCUCCAUUAUGGGGUAUUUGGGACAUGAAAAAACAAAAAUUUGCUCGAAGAUUUUUUUUUUGUUAUGCAUUCAUUUUGGUGGUUGGUUUUGGCAGUUUGGCAUUUCACAUGACACUUUUAUAUGAAAUGCAGUUAUUUGAUGAAUUACCAAUGGUUUGGGGAACAUGUUAUUGUGUUUAUUGUUUAUCAAUAGUAAAACAUGAUAUGAAAUCUAAGAUUAUUCCGAAUAAAUUAUUAUUAUUAAUAUUAAUAAUUAUAAGUAUUGGAUUUGCAAUAAUUUAUCUUGCUUGGCCUCAACCAUUACUGCAACAUGUUUGUUAUGGUAUACUAGUUGCUAUAUCAUUAGCACAAGAAAUCAAACUAAUAUUAGAAUUUAAAUGCGCUGUUUGUAAACAUAUGUUUAUUGUUGCAAUAGCAUUAUACCUGUUUGGGUUUUUUUUGUGGAAUAUUGAUAAUAUAUUUUGCAAAAAUAUCACGAUCUUAAGAGAACAGAUUCCAAUGUUCCUACAACCAUUCACUCAAAUGCAUGCCUGGUGGCAUAUAUUUGCAGGAUAUGGAGUUUAUAUUCAAGUUCUAUUUUGUAUUCACAGCACAUAUGAUUACCAUAAAAAAUAUAAACUGUCAAAUCUACUUUUACCUGAGAAUAUGUAUUUUAGUAUACGUUGGCAAAAAACUACAAAAAGUUAUUAAUUUUUCAAUAUAAGUCCAUAGUAAACAAGUAUUAUCUUUUGUUAUAUACUUAUUACCUUUGUGUAUAUUUUAUUGAAAAUUAAAUAAAACUAAUAUAGCAUUUAGGUACCAAUUCAAAAUUAAAUUAUUAAUAUAUUUUUACUAUUAUUUUACUGUGGUAGUAUUAUUUUUUUUUUGAGUUACCUAAUUAAAUUAAAGUUUAUUUAUUAUUCAGUUAAGUUAAAACAAAAAAUGUAAUACUAUUUAAAUUUGAUUUGGAACUGGAAGUGAUAUAAUAUAUCUUAUAGGAAAUUAUUCUACUAGUGUAAAUCAUUUAUCUAAUUUAUUUACACUUUUUGUUAUUAUUAGAUUAAUAAUCAAAUAAUGUAAACCACUAUUUCCCAACUUUUUUAAUUUUUUGUUUGUAAGCAGAUUACAUUUUCCACACAUUAUAGAUUUUAGAAUAAAUAAAAAUACCAGGUCUUAUAUUUGCUUAGGCACAACUAGAGCUGUAAUUUGUGAUGGGGGGAGGGUACAUUUUAUUGAUGAAAUGUAGACAAGUAAAUGGUUUUCUAAAUAAAUUUAAUAUGCUAAAAUACAUUUAAAAACUGAGGGGUCAAGCCUUCCCCCUUGCUCCCCAAUAGAACCUAUGGUGUAUUAAUAUUCAAUAGCAAUAUAUCAACGGUAAACAAGACAUGAUUACUACAACUGGUUACUAUAAUACUUAUUGUUAUUUGCUUGCCACAACAUUAUAUUACCAUUAAUGAAUACUAUAAUUUCACAAAAUUUGAAAAUGGAAUAAAAUCUUCAAAUUCUUGGACCCCUGGCAUCUAUGUUAUGCUCGAGGACCACUAGUUGGGAAAUUGAUUGAAAUAAUUAGAUAGUCAGUAGUUGAAUUAUAGGGGAUGUGAAUGUUACCUAUCUUGAUUAUAAAAAAAACUGCAUUUGCUUUAAUGAUCUUGGUUAAUCAACCUUUCAUUUAAGUUUUGCAUUUUUAUAAUUAAUUUAUGUUUAAAUUAUAAGAAAUACACACAUGUGAUAUAUUUAUUUAGUUUAUUAUAUUAUUAUUUAUUCAUUAAGUUCUAGAUUAUUAGAAUAUAUAGAAUAUUUUAAUUUUAUUUGGGUAUUCCAUUUAACACAAUAUUAUUAAUAUUUAUUUUUGUUGAAAUGAACUAUUAUAUUGUUAAAUUUUGGUCUAUGUCUGAAUUAAAAUGUUUAAAUACUUAUUUAUACAACGAUGCAUCAAGCUAGUUUAUCAUUUUAUUUUGGAAUUGUUGAUUUUUUUUUUGUUACCUACGUAUAUUAGUACCUAGUAAAUUUUACUGAUUUUUAGUUUGUAAUAUUGAUUGAUUUGAUAAAUAACUGAAUAAUAUGUAUGAUUUUAAAUAGUUUAUUUAUAAUGAAAUAAAUUUAGAAUUUUUUGGGCAUUAUAUUAAAUGAAGCUUGAAUACUUAUUUUUAAUUUUUA